CUAACUACCUCCUCCAACCAAAAAGACUUGACAAUUGAAUUGACUAUGGAGUAUGGAUGGCUUUGUAGGGUCUCUAGGCUACCGAGACAAACAGUAGACAAAAACCGUUUAUUAGAAGCUGAAGCUCAUUAAUAGUUACAUGAAUAAGCUGCUCUAACCCAUUUCACUGGGUUUCUUGAAGCUUGUUUUGGAGGAAAAUGAAACUGAUCUGCCUGCAGUUUGCUGUGAUUUUGAUUACUUUUGUUGGCCUUGUGGCAUCUCAAACUACAUCAAAAAAUGAGACGAUUCAGGUCCAAUUGGUGGCUUCCAACAAUCAAACCAGCAGAGCAUGGUGCCCUUCUGGAUGGGCUAUAAGUCCAAAUAAGAGUAAGUGCUUCAAACUUAUACGGAGAUUCAAGUCAUGGAAUGAAUCAGAGAACCGUUGUAUGCGUUAUGGUGGACACGUGGCAGGACUGACAUCAUCUGAAGAACUUAGCUUUGCUCAGAAGUUGUGUGGCCAAACUGCCAAUGGCUGUUGGGCUGGUGGAAGAGUGAUGAAUUCUACUAUAGGUUUCAUUUGGAAGUGGUCCGAUAGCACUUCACACAUGAACCAGUCAAUAGUUCCUGAGCCUUUUCCUUUGAAUUGCACUAGUUUGUCAUGCCGCAAUAGUAUUGCAGCUGAUUUAUGUACAGUGGUGAAUGGAACUGCCGAUCUUGUGGCUGAGAGAUGCAAUAGUUCUCAUGCUUUUAUUUGCAUGCUUGAUGUUGAGAAGAAAUGCUACCACAUGCACUGCCACCGGGAAUAUCUGAUUAUCCUUGCAGUUGUGAGUGGAUUAAUCCUUUGCACAACAUUAGCAGUUGUGAUUUGGCUCCUUGCAUACAGGCGAAGCAAGAAGCGUAGAAAGUCUCGUAAGUUAUCCAAUCCAGCAGCUUCUGCAUUGGUUCCUCCAUCAUGGAAAGUAUUCACUAAUGAGGAACUGAGGUCGAUUACCAAGAAUUUUAGUGAAGGAAAUCGUCUUCUUGGAGAUGCAAAAACUGGUGGCACAUAUAGUGGUUUUCUUCCUGAUGGAUCUAGGGUGGCGGUUAAGAGGUUAAAAAGGUCUAGUUUCCAGAGGAAGAAGGAGUUUUACUCUGAAAUUGGAAGGGUUGCCAGGCUCCACCAUCCAAACUUGGUGGCUAUUAAGGGAUGUUGUUAUGAUCAUGGUGACCGCUACAUUGUUUAUGAGUUUAUACUUAAUGGGCCCUUGGAUAGAUGGCUUCACCAUGUGCCAAGAGGAGGCAGGAGCUUGGACUGGGCUAUGAGGAUGAAAAUCGCUACAACGCUUGCCCAAGGAAUUGCGUUCUUGCAUGACAAGGUUAAGCCUCAUGUUGUGCAUCGGGAUAUUCGUGCUAGUAGUGUUCUGCUGGAUGAAGAGUUCGGAGCCCAUUUAAUGGGGGUUGGUCUUUCCAAGUUUAUGCCAUGGGAAGUGAUGCAUGAGAGAACAAUGAUGGCAGGUGGCACAUAUGGGUACCUUGCUCCAGAAUUUGUUUACAGAAAUGAACUUACUACAAAGAGUGAUGUCUACAGCUUUGGGGUGCUGCUUCUUGAAAUAGUCAGUGGGCGUAGGCCUAUGCAAGCAGUUGAUUCGGUGGGUUGGCAGAGUAUAUUUGAGUGGGCCACUCCUCUGGUGCAGGCGCACCGCUACCCUGAGCUCUUGGAUCCUCUCAUAACCCCACCCUCCUCGGAUGUUCCAGAAGCUGGAGUCAUUCAGAAGGUUGUGGACCUUGUAUAUGCUUGCACGCAGCAUGUGCCAUCAAUGCGCCCAAGAAUGUCUCACGUUGUUCAUCAGCUACAACAGUUGGCACAGCCAUGAGCCACCCAUUCUGAAGUAAGUUAAGCUGAAAUGAAUUACUAAAUAUUAGAUAUCUGCAACGCCAUUUUUAUCCAAGUGGUCGAGGGCUGAGGUUAAUUGUGCAGCUUCAUGAGAUGCAAUAGUUUCACUACUAACUUAGAUGCCGUCUCACUGUUUUUGUUGUUUUAAAAUGUAUAUUCACUUUUAAUUAAGAGUAAAUUUGCUUUGUAGAUUAAUAUAAAUAUUGCUGCGGACCUUGAACCGUAGUAAAACUCCGAAAGAUGCAAAGCAAAGCAAAACCAAAAGGCUCUUGCAGGUCUUGGAGAGCCACUUUUUAGUUGACUUAUUUGGGCUAAUCUGAUUAAUAAACCUCUUCCAAAGUUAAA